AUGUUCUCAAGCAGACCCUUUUCAGAUAGGUUUUUGGUUCGGAUUGAAUUGUAUUUGUACAGCGCUAUCACGGAUGAGCGUGUGCAUGGUUCGGUAUCCAUUCCUGAACUAUCACUUUGGGUCUCAUUCGUUGAAAAGCUAAACAAGAUGCGACACAAUCAGUUCACCGUAAACCUGGUCGUACCAAAGAGUUCAGUGCAGUUGUGGUGGCCAAAUGGCUACGGAACGCAACGUCUUUAUUUGUUGAAUGCAAACAUUCAACGCAACGGUAGUUUCGUCAUAUCUUGGACAAGUGAAUUUCCGAUUGUGAUGCAAAUAAAAGAUUAUUGUGGUGAUUUAGAUGAGAUCAUUAACGCAAAACCAAUAAAGAUUGGAUUCCGUAGCAUUGAGCUAGUGCAAGAUUUGGUUGAUGCUGAACACCCAAACAAAGGACGUAAUUUCUUCUUCAAAAUCAACAACGUCGCAAUUUUCUUGAAGGGAUCUAACUGGAUACCGGUUUCAUCGUUUCCUGCACGAAAUCAUACGGAGAGAAUUGAUUUCCUAUUGAAAUCGGUGGUUGAGGCGAAUAUGAAUACACUACGAGUUUGGGGUGGCGGUCGUUAUGAGAGCGAUCAGUUUUACGAAAGUGCUGAUCAGUUGGCUGAUCGUAACGAUGAACAACAUUCGGUAAAUCUGAUUUGGGAAGAUAUGGGGAUUCUUAUAUGGCAUGAUUUGAUGUUUGCAUGUGCUCUGUAUCCAGUCGAUGAGCAUUUUCGCAUCAACGUACGAAAAGAAAUCAGAACACAGAUUCGCAGAUUGCGUCAUCAUCCAUCAAUAUUGCUGUGGUCGGGUAAUAAUGAGAACGAGUUGGCGAUUCGUGAUAAGUGGUGGAUUGUUGAUAACUAUCAUUUAAAGGACAUGAUCGCAGACUAUAAAAAGUUAUAUGUGGAUACAAUUCAGCCUUUGGUACUAGAAUUGGACUCGUCCAGACCAUUCAUUCUGUCGAGUCCAUCGAAUGGCGUAGAAACAGAAAAAGAAGGCGGUGUAGCAAUGGAGCCAAAUUCAGCGCGAUAUGGUGAUAUACAUUUUUACAAUGAAAUUGUUGAUCUGUGGAAAGAUCACGUCUAUUUGAUACCGAGAUGUGCAUCUGAAUACGGUGUUCAGUCGAUGCCGAUGAUGUUGGUGUUCAGAUUUGAUUCACUAUCAGACAUCGUCAUGCACAUUCCAUUUUUUAAAAUGCAAUCCCAGUCUCCCUCUCAAUAA